AUGUACACAGAAGAGAUGGAGGCAGACAAGAAGAGAGAACAGACAGAGGAACUGGGAAAAAAAGAGAUUGAGGCGAAGAAGAAAGCAGUAGCAGCAAACAGUUCAAUGCACCUUUCACAGUCUGCUUCUAGCCCCUCGGACAGCAUGCCAGUGAUUUCAAAGGUCAUGUCAAUCUCCACUCCUAAAAGAACAAAGAGAAGUCCAGGUUUAUCCCAGAGCCAAACUGUAAAAAGAGCAAGAACAUUACAUGAAUACUGUAGCAACACACUAGGUAGUCCAUCAACAUCUGCAGCUACAUCAGAUUUCAUAACUUCACCUUUGGUGAUCACAGACAAUGAUGGCAAUAAAGUUGAUGAAAACAAUGUAGAGAGCAGUGACGAUGAUGUUGUUAUUGAUGAGACCCACAGCACGCCAAGACCCAAACCCUUUGACCUUUCUAAGGUGAAGUUGGAAGAAAAGACCAGCGAUGAUGCACCAGGAUUAUGUAUUGAGUCCAGUGAUCAUGGUUCCAUAAAAACUGAAACAGAAAACACCAGAAAGGAAAAGAUGGAAGCAUUGACUUUCAAUGGCCAAACAAGCAUAAAAACCCAAACAGAACGUUUGAUUGUAAAGGCGGAGAAAGACAAGCAGAUAAUAAAGGAAGAAGUUGAGAUCAAGAAGGAGGAGAUUGAGAGUGAUGUGAGAAGGAUGGAACAGAGCACUAAUGAGGUGGAAAGCAGGAUAAGAAACAAUAAAGAAAUAAUCAGAGGCCCCAUGGAAGUUGAGAGGUGUAGUAGCAUAGAAGUUUCCAGACUAAAUCUUGAAAAACUAGAGGAGAUACCUAAGGAGAAUAAGAUCAGUUUUGAACAUGAAAAGUCAAAUGUAGAAAACCAGGAAGGUAUGACACAUAUAACACACUGCAUCAAAGAGGUUUUGAAAGAGAGAGAUAAGUUAAAAAUUAAACAUGAGGUGUUGUUGCAAAUCAAAGUUGAGAAAGAAGCUCAGGAUAAGGUGUGUUGUGACUGGUUGAAAGACGAGGGGGAGGAACACUCAUCAACAACAAAUGAAAAUGUAAAUGACGAAGUGGCUCUUCAAAUGGACUUGCUUCAAAGGGAGCUGGACAAGCGCAACAAUGAAUGCAAUGAACUGAGAAGAAAGUUGGAGAGCUUGGAGCAGGAGAACGUCUGUGAGCUGUUGCAGAAGGAAGUGGAAGAGCUGAGGAAACAAAUAGAGGAGUGGAGAUAUGCAAGAGAGCAAAAGACUUUGAAGGACAGUAACACGAGUUCAGAACAAACAUGCAGAGCAAGCAUGGCUGCAAACCUUGAGAAUGGGAUCAAAAAGGAAGGAGAUAGCAAUGAAAGACCUGUGGAUGGAGAGAACACAGUGACACUGGCCAAGUUGAGGGAACUGAGGUGCAGCAUCACCCGUUUACUGGUCACUUUUGUUCCUGCCCUGGACCUCAACCUCGACCAAGUGAACUAUGACUGUGAGGUCAUAGAUGAGAUUUUAAAUCAGGUCAUACAGGAGAUUUACCCCGCUGAGACCACCUUUACAUUAAGCCAGAUACCAAAAUGUUAGCCUAGGUUAUUUUUUGUGCAUGGAGACCAAAUACUAUUAAAUUAAGUUUUAUUUAUUUACAUGUUUUCCUGAUUAACACUUGCGGUUCUUUGGGCAAGUUUUACAUUCUUUCAUACAUUCUUGUUUCUUUUGGUUAUUGGAAUAGAAAUAAGUUGUUUCGAGAACAACAUCUGACCUUUUUGUCAUAAAGACUUAUAAAGCUUACAAAUGUUGUGCCAUUUCAUGCCACUUUUCUGUAAUUUUUCUGAUAUGCAACUGUGUGCA